AUGUACCAGCAUCUCCACUCCCUAGUGGGAGCAAGGAUGUGGACAUGUGAGAAGCUAACCGUUCUGGAAGGAUUUAGCUGGUUGGCUCUUUUUGUCCAACACCUCUGCGACGAUCUCGAAGGUCUACAGCCCGCCAUGAAUCCACAUGCCGCCUUACAGGGGCCUAAGAGCGUUCUCCACACGUUUGUUCGGAUUAAGUACCAAGCGGGUCAGCUAAGACGUGCUAAAACUGAGAUCAGAUUUAGGGCUGGAGGGCUGGCAACGAAAGUUGGAAAUCUCGGCACACACUUAAAAGGUCAGUCAGACCAGAUGGACCCGAGGAACUUGUGUUACUCAAGGAAGGGCAAUAAGAAGAGUGGUGAAGCUGAGGCAGAAUAUGACCUUACCUCAGUGUGUCAGUAUCAUGGGUUUUGCGAACAACAAACUCUGUUUCUGGUUUCAGGUCCUCUCUUUGGUCCCUCCAAAUGUGGUUUUCUAUCAUUACCAGUAUCAAGAAAAUGUUUAAUUAUGCACGAAAGCCACUGGAACUACAUUACCGUUGUUCCAUUCCAUCGUUACACAACUCAGAGCAAUGAGGGUGCUCAAAGUGACGAGCUUGCUGCUGCUUCAAGGCUGGAAGAUAGCAUCAACUUUUAUCAGACUUCGACUCCUGAUGUUGCUAAGCUUUUCCAUAUCGACACAGCAGCAAAGCGUCCAUCAGUAGUACUUCUGAAGAAAGAGGAGGAGAAGUUGACCUUCUAUGAUGGGGAGUUUAAAGCAUCAGCCAUUGCUAAUUUUGUGUCUGCUAACAAGCUUCCUUUGCUAUUAUUUGUCUUUGUGGAGCGAGACAAUGAGGAAGUUCGUGAACCAGUUGCUGACUACUUUGGUAUUACUGGACAAGAGACCACAGUUCUUGCUUACACUGGUAAUGAAGAUGCUAAGAAAUUUUUCCUUGACGGUGAGGUGUCACUUGAAGCCAUUAAGCGUGCUAUAGGUCCAUUGGAGAGCUAA